GUGCCUAAUCAGUGUUCGUGUUAUAUCAGAAGGAAAAAGGCCGCAAAUGACUGAGAGCUUUAUUAUUCUGGCGCUGCCGUACCUGCAGCAAUCGCAAGACUCGUUGCAAUCUGCUCAGUAUGAAUCGCUAGUGCGGCAGAUGGGUCCGCUUGGACAAACUUUUCGCAACUUUGUGAUUCCGAACCUAAAGGUUGGCACGCUGGACUCUCUGAUGGAGGCGAGCGACGAGUUGACCAAACUGGAUCCGAUGAUGGAGAACACCGUACAAAAGCUCAUCGGCCUGAUGGAAGAGACGUCUGGCAAACCUCGAAGCAUAGUGACGACGUUUCGUAUCAACCAAACGCAAGAGAUGUCGCCGGCGGGUUACAUCAAAAACUUCUUAUGGAGCUCUGCGCAAUUCGAUCCCAAGGACACGAUCCAGAACCUCAUAGAGAAAUUUGCGCAAAUUAACGCCACGGCAGACGAGCGUGUUCGUGUCAUGCUGGGCGAGUACAACGACACACGCAACAAGGUGACCGCUGCAAAUCGGAAGGGCGAGGGCAACUUGUCUAUCCGUCCUAUCCGCGAGCUGGUCACAAUCUAUAACCGCGAUCAUCAGUGCUUUGUUGACACUGACUUACUCGUUACACUGUUUGUAGCCGUCUCGGUGGCAUCGCAGAAGGAGUGGCUUGAGAGCUACUGGAAGAUGAAUGAAUAUGUGUGUCCCCAGUCCAAUCGUGUUGUCGCGGAGGAUAAAGAGUAUGUCCUGAACAGCAUCGUUGUUUUUCGAAAAGUGAUGGAUGAUGUCAAAGCGAUUUGCCGUAAAAAGCGGUACGUUAUCCGCGAAGUGGAAGGUGCCGAUGAUCUGUCUUCGGCCGAACUCAAGGAACUGCAGCUGAAGGCGGAGAAGGAGAAGAAAGCUUUAUAUACGCUGCUUUGGCAACAGUACUGCACGUGCUAUGUUGCAUGGAUUCACUUGAAGGCCGUUCGUGUCUUUGUGGAGUCUUUGCUGAAAUUUGGCCUUCCGCCUCGCUACAUCGCGGUCGUGCUGCAGGUCCCGGCAGAGAAGGAAGCCGAAAUUCGGAAACGCAUUGCGCAGGUCUAUCCUGACCUGACAACCCCGCUGGCAAACGACACAGUUAUCGAAAGUGGCGCUUUGCAACAAGAAUAUCCGUAUGUUUCUUUGAAAGUGGCGAAUGUCCAGAAGUAG